CAAAUUUGAACGGCCGAAGGAGGUAGAGCGACACUGGGAGCUGAGGGAAGAGGAGAGUUGGUUGUGGGAGAAUUCCUGUGCCUGACUCCUUGUUUUCUCCAGGAGACACACUGAGCCCAGACUCACUUUUCUUUUCCUGAAUUUGAACCACCGUUUCCAUUGUCUCGUAGUCCACACGCGAAGCCUGGGGCGAUGGACCCCUUUACCGAGAAACUGCUUGAGCGAACCCGCGCUAGGAGAGAGAAUCUUCAGAGAAAGAUAGCUGAGAGGCCCACAGCAGCACCAAGGUCUGUCACUCAUGCUAAGCGAGCCCGAGAGCCACUUUCAGAAGCAAGUAACCAGCAGCCCCUAUCUGGUGGUGAAGUGAAAUCUUGUACAAAGCCAUCACCAUCAAAAAAACGUUGUUCUGACAGCACUGAAGCAGAAGUUUCUGAUGUGGAAAAUAAACAACCAGUUGAGUCAGCGACUAUAAAACCUUGUUCUCCAAGUCCUGUAUCUCCUCAGGUGCAGCCACAAGCAUCAGCUAUUGUCAGUGAUUCUGUGGCUGUUCCAGCAUCAUUGCUGGGCGUGGGGAGAGGGCUGAAGUCAAGAUUGGACACAACCUCAGGCUCCUCAGUUAAAACACGAAUGCAAAAACUCGCAGAGCAGCGGCGACAUUGGGAUAAUGAUAUGACAGAUGAUAUACCUGAAAGCGCACUCUUAUCAUUGCCAUCUGAGGAAAAGGCAGCCUCGCCUCCCAGACCACCCCUUUCAGAUACUUCAGCAACCCCACUUGGGAGAAGGGGCCGUCUGGCCAAUCUUGCUGCAACGAUUUGCUCCUGGGAAGAUGAUGUAAGUUACUCAUCUGCAAAGCAAAACAGUGUACAAGAACAGCCUGGUACUGCUUGUUUAUCCAAAUUUUCCUCUGCAAGUGAAGCAUCUGCUAGGAUCAAUAGCAGCAGUGUUAAGCAGGAAGCUACAUGCUGUUCCCAAAGUGAUGGCGAUGCCUCUUUGAAUAAAGCCCCAUCCUCUAGUGCUGCUGAUGAGUCUUUGGCUACAGCCUCAAUUUCCAGCUCUUUGAAAUCUACUUGUUCCCCAGCGAAAUAUUCUACAUCCAUCACCAGUGCUAAAAAUUGUGAGGUACAAAAUCCUGAGCUACUUCAAAAAACUUCUGUUAGUCCUCUGAAAACAGAGGUAUCAAAAUCAAUUGUGAAGCCAACUUUAACCCAGACAGUUCCAUCCAAAGAAGAACUAAAAUCAGAAAUUUGUCUGCAGUCUCAAUCUAAAGACAAAUCUACAACACCAGGAGGAAGAGGAAUUAAGCCUUUUCUGGAACGCUUUGGAGAGCGUUGUCAAGAACACAGCAAAGAAAGUCCCUCUCAUAGCACACCCCAGAGAACUUACGUUAUCACUCCAAAUACAAAGGCCAUUCAAGAAAGAUUAUUUAAGCAAAACGCAUGUUCAUCUACUACCCAUUUAGCCCAACAGCUCAAGCAGGAACGUGAAAAGGAACUAGCAUGUCUUCGUGGCCGAUUUGACAAGGGCAAUUUAUGGAGUACAGAAAAAGGCGAAAACUCGAGGAGCAAACAACUAGAAACAAAGCAGGAAAUUCACUGUCAGAACACUCCCCUCAAGAAACAAGUAGUCUCAAAUACCCACUCACUUCCAGACAAGGUGACAGAAAAUCAGAUACCAGCAAAAACCUCUACUACAGAACCUACAGGUUCUACCGAGUGCAAAAUGACGAAGUCUAGUCCUUUGAAAAUAACAUUGUUUUUAGAAGAGGAAAAGUCCUUAAAAGUAACAACAUCAAACCCAAAGGUUGAACAGAAGACUGAAGUGGUACGUGAAAUUGAGUUGAGUGUGGAUGAUGAGGAUGAUAUCAACAGUUCAAAAGUAAUUAAUGAUAUCUUCAGUGAUGUCCUUGAAGAAGGUGAGCUAGAUAUGGAAAAGAGUCAAGAGGAGAUGGAUCAAGCAGAAGCAGAAAGCAAUGAAGAGCAGGAAGAUGCACUGAAUAUCUCCUCAAUGUCUUUACUUGCUCCGUUAGCACAGACAGUUGGUGUGGUAAGUCCAGAGAAUUUAGUUUCCUCACCUAAAUUGGAAUUGAGAGAUACUCAUACAAGCGAUGAGAGUCCAAAACCAGGAAAGUUCCAGAGAACCCGUGUUCCUCGAGCUGAAUCUGGUGAUAGCAUUGGUUCUGAAGAUCGUGAUCUUCUUUAUAGCAUUGAUGCAUAUAGGUCUCAAAGAUUCAAAGAAACAGACCGUCCUUCCAUAAAGCAAGUGAUUGUUCGGAAAGAAGAUGUUACUUCAAAAUUAGAUGAAAAAAAGAAUGCCUUUUCAGGUCAAGUUAAUAUCAAACAGAAAAUGCAGGAACUCAAUAAUGAAAUAAAUUUGCAGCAGACAGUGAUCUAUCAAGCUAGCCAGGCUCUUAACUGUUGUGUUGAUGAAGAGCAUGGGAAAGGGUCCCUAGAAGAAGCUGAAGCAGAAAGACUUCUUUUAAUUGCAACUGAGAAGAGAACGCUUUUGAUUGAUCAGCUGAAUAAACUGAAGAAUGAAGGGCCUCAGAGGAAGAAUAAGGCUGAUUCCAUAUUCCAGAGUGAAUUUGUCCCAUCCAAAGGAUCAGUUACUUUGUCAGAGAUCCGCUUGCCUCUAAAAGCAGAUUUUGUGUGCAGUACAGCUCAGAAGCCAGAUGCAGCAAAUUACUAUUACUUAAUUAUGCUAAAAGCAGGAGCUGAAAAUAUGGUAGCCACACCAUUAGCAAGUACUUCAAACUCUCUUAAUGGCGAUGCUCUGACAUUCACUACUACAUUUACUUUGCAAGAUGUGUCCAAUGACUUUCAAAUAAAUAUUGAAGUUUAUAGCUUGGUACAGAAGAAAGAUUCCUCAGGUGCUGAUAAGAAGAAAAAAACAUCUAAGUCCAAGGCUAUUACUCCAAAAAGACUCCUCACCUCCAUAACCACAAAGAGCAACCUUCAAUCUUCUGUUAUGGCCAGUCCAGGAGGUCUCAAUGCUGUGCGUACCAGCAACUUUGCUCUUGUUGGAUCUUACACACUGUCAUUAUCCUCAGUAGGAAACACUAAGUUUGCUUUGGAAAAGAUAAAUUAUGAUGUAAAAGAGCGAGAGCUACUGGGCUAUUUGUUCCAGGAAAAGGUACCCUUUUUAUCUCCUUUGGAAGGUCAUAUUUAUUUAAAAAUAAAUUGUCAAGUGAAUUCAAGUGUUGAAGAAAAAGGUUUUCUAACCAUAUUUGAAGAUGUUAGUGGUUUUGGUGCCUGGCAUCGAAGAUGGUGUGUUCUUUCUGGCAACUGUAUCUCUUAUUGGACUUAUCCAGAUGAUGAGAGGAGAAAGAAUCCCAUAGGAAGGAUUAAUCUGGCCAAUUGUACCAGCCAUCAGAUAGAACCAGCCAACAGAGAAUUUUGUGCAAGACGCAAUACUUUUGAAUUAAUUACUGUCCGACCACAGAGAGAAGAUGACCGAGAGACUCUUGUCAGCCAAUGUAGGGAUACACUCUGUGUCACAAAGAACUGGCUGUCUGCAGAUACUAAGGAAGAGCGGGAUCUCUGGAUGCAAAAACUCAAUCAGGUUCUUGUUGAUAUUCGCCUAUGGCAACCCGAUGCUUGUUAUAAACCUAUAGGAAAGCCUUAAAAAUGUUUCUGUACCAUUUAGAGGUUUUUUUGAGUUGUGUCAUAAAUGUAUUUUAAGAAAACACAUUUAAGAGCAUCAGAUUUACUGAUUGCAUUUAAUGCUUUAAAUAAGAGGGUUUGUGCAAAUAUUCACUACAUAUUAUGCAGUAUUUAUCUUUUGUAUGUAACAACUGAUUUCUCAUCUUUCAUUCAUAAUUCAUAAAUAAUUGGAAGGCAAUUCAUUAUAAUUGACUUUGCGUAAUCCAAAUAGAAAAAUUUCAUUUUCCUAGAAAUUUAAUUAUCCAGUUAUUCAUGACAAUUUUUUUUUUUUUUUUUUUUUUUAAGUUAGAAAUCCUGAGUUAUCUUCUUGGAGCUAUGAGCCUCCAAGUAGCAAGGUCUUCCAGGGGUUAGAGAAGGAAACCUCUGGUUUGGUGAUCCCUUCUCUAGCUUUGGUAGUUUUUUGAAAGCUUGUUACCAGCAUACUGAAAAUUUUUUUUUUUCUUAAGUACUUUACGGAACAUUUUUAAAAAUGGAGAUGAGAACUUUUUCAAAUAGCAAAUGUAUGUUAGUUUAAAGCUUGAGGCUGCAUUUAAAAAAGAAAUAUAGGGAGCAUUUUGUGAGAUUUGGGGGUUAAAUAUUUUAUAUAGAAGAGUUAAUAAUCACAAGGUUUACAUUUACCCCGUUACUAUAUAUGCAGUGUGGUGCACAUUUUUCAUAGAAGUCAGGCUUUAUUGAAAUAAUCCUUUUUGCCAUGUAGCUUAUAGAUUUCUCACACGUUACCAUAUUAAUUCUUUCUGCUCCUAUAACAAGAACAAAUGUAAAUUGAAGAAUUUUUAUAUUAAAAGAAGUAAACUUUUACCAAGCUGCUAUGGAUUAAUACUUUGCUUGCCAAAGUUCUUGUCUUUUCUUUUCCCAUGUCUAUGUAUGACAGUGUCUUAAAACCUAUUUUGAAAUCAUUCAGAAAACCAUUAUGUCAUGUAUUGCCUUUAAAAGUCUAAUACUUUUUUUAUUACAAAAUAUUGUAAAACAUAGUCUCAACCUUUAGAUACACUUUGAGUUUUUUCUUUGAAGUGUUAGAAGUUAUUGAUGAUUUCAUUUCUAAACACUAAAUUCUGUCACCUGUCAUUUUAUUUUUUAAUCAUUCAAAUGUGUUUUUUCUUAUGUAAUAAAAUAUAUUUUAUGACCUCUUACCUAAAUAAAUACUUGU